AUUAAUUGCACCUCACGACGUCGGUUUUUCAGACUUGAAAUGUCGAAAAAUUUCGCAACGAUUAGCAGAAACAAGUUAUAAAAUCAUACACAUGUCGUUGAUAGAAAAACAAUUCUGUUAUAAGACAUGGAUCCAAAUGAAGUGGAGUUCUUGGGGGAGAAACAAUUGGUGACAAUUAUACCAAGUUUCACUUUCAAUCAGAUUCAUUUGAUAUCUGGAUCAAUUGGACCGUUUCGAGCCGGCUUACCUACUCAAGUUCCGAUUUGGUUGGCAGUUAAUUUAAAACAACAACAAAAGUGUCGCAUUGUCGGUCAAGAAUGGAUGGACGCCAAGCUAUUGAUAGACGUGAAGGACGAAGAAAAAACAUCCAAGUUUUUCACAAAAAUGCCUAGUGAUCACUACAUGGACGAAACUCUCAUGCUUUUGGGUGUAGCUCCAGAAGACAUUCCACAGGCUGAAGAGAUCAGAACAAUUGUUAAGGAUCUGUGGGAUAUUCGUAUGUCUAAAUUACGUACUUCAGUCGAUGCCUUCAUGAAAAGUGACAGCGCAUUUGCUAAACUAGACCAUUUGACACCGAUGGAAAUAAAUUGCAUACGGCCUUCGCUACCUCAUGCUCUUGAUCAGCGAGAUCGCAUUCAAACGUGUGGAAGCAGACCAAGAGAUUCCCAGGACACACAGCGUUCAUAGAAUACCUGUAAUAUAGUGUAGAAAAUCGUUCAUACUUGUAACAGCCAAUAAGAUAAUUGUUUUACGCUCCAAA